AUGUUGCCGAAAAGGAGCGUAAGGGAACACUGGAGAAGACUUGUUGCGUUCUGGGGAGAGGCGAGAGGAGGAUUUCGUUUGCUCUGCGGUUGUUUUCUCUCAGCGGAGGCCGAUGGAGGUGGCGGGGGUGGCGGAGGUGAAGAGGGGAAGCAGUGGGGGCUGACGGAGGAGUACGAGAGGGGGCAGGAGGAAUGUUUUUGA